UACAGAUUUCACAGAUUAGGAGAUUGAGGCCCAGAAAGUUCACCUAACUGAUGUGCAAGGACUCAGGGCCAAGAUUCAAACCCGGACCUGCCUGAUUGCUGAGCUGGAGGGCUUUGCGUCUGCACACUCCUGCAUCCCAGUUGCUGCUGAGUCCUAGCCUGGCUCCCUUGAACCACAUCCCUGUAACUUGCCAGUGCCUACAAGGAGGAGACAUGGGGGCUCCACCGCCCAAGGCCAGAGGGUUCUGGAUCCAGCUCCAGAAACUUCUGACCUCCUGGCUGGUGGGACAGCAAGACUGGGAUCAGCAACUGGAUGAAGCCCACAUGCUGCAACAGAAGAGGAUUCGAGAGUCACCUCUGCUUCGGGCAGCCAAGGAGAAUGACUUGUGUGUCCUGAAGAAACUCCUGCUGGACCGAACCUGUGACUUUCGGCAACGAGGAGCCCUGGGGGAGACAGCACUGCACGUAGCUGCCCUCUACGACAACCUGGAGGCUGCCACCGUGCUGAUGGAGGCUGCCCCGGAGCUGGUCAAGGAGCCCACCAUAUGUGAGCCAUUUGUAGGUCAGACGGCACUGCACAUAGCCAUCAUGAAUCAGAACGUGAACUUGGUGAAAGCCUUGCUCGCCCAUGGGGCCAAUGUCUCUGCAAGAGCUGUAGGCUCAGCCUACCGCCUCAGUCCCCAGAACCUCAUCUACUUUGGAGAGUAUCCUUUGUCUUUUGCUGCCUGCAUGGGCAGUGAGGAGAUGGUGAGGCUACUCAUUGAUCAUGGAGCUGACAUCCGGGCCCAGGACUCCCUGGGAAACACAGUGUUGCACAUCCUCGUCCUCCAGCCCAACAAAACCUUUGCCUGCCAGAUGUACAACCUGCUGCUGUCCUAUGACGGUCGUGGGGACCACCUACAGUCCCUGGAGCUCGUGCCCAAUCACGAGGGUCUCACCCCCUUCAAGCUGGCCGGAGUGGAGGGCAACACCGUGAUGUUCCAGCACCUGAUGCAGAAGCGGAAGCACAUCCAGUGGACGUGUGGCCCGCUCACCUCCACUCUCUAUGACCUGACGGAGAUUGACUCCUGGGGAGAAGACGUGUCCUUUCUAGAGCUUGUGGUCUCUUCUAAGAAGCGGGAGGCUCGCCAGAUCCUGGAACAGACACCAGUAAAGCAGCUGGUGAGCUUCAAGUGGAGGCGGUACGGGCGGCCGUACUUCUGCAUCCUGGGCACCUUGUAUGUGCUCUACAUGGUCUGCUUCACCAUGUGCUGCAUCCACCGCCCCCUCAAGCCCCGGAGUCGCAACUGCACAAGUCCCCGAGACAUCACCAUCUUCCAGCAGAAACUGCUCCAGGAGGCCUAUGUGACUCACCAAGAUAAAAUCCGGUUGGCGGGGGAGCUGAUGACCGUCUUCGGGGCUGUGAUCAUCCUGUUUCUAGAGAUCCCAGAUAUCUUCAGGGUCGGUUUCUCUCGCUAUUUCGGACAGACUGUCCUUGGGGGACCAUUCCAUGUCAUCACCAUCACCUAUGCCUCCCUGGUGCUGGUGACCAUGGUGAUGCGUCUUUCUAACACUGAUGGCGAGGUGGUACCCAUGUCCUUCGCCCUGGUGCUGGGCUGGUGCAGUGUCAUGUACUUUGCCCGAGGAUUCCAGAUGCUGGGUCCCUUCACCAUCAUGAUCCAGAAGAUGAUUUUUGGAGACCUGUUGCGUUUUUGCUGGCUGAUGGCUGUGGUUACUCUGGGAUUUGCCUCAGCGUUUUUUAUCAUUUUCCAGACAGAGGAUCCAUCCAAAUUGGGACAAUUCUAUGACUACCCCAUGGCGCUCUUCAGCACCUUUGAGCUGUUCCUCACCAUCAUCGAUGGCCCCGCCAACUAUGACGUGGAUCUGCCCUUCAUGUUCAGCAUCGUCUACUUCGCCUUCGCCAUCAUUGCCACUCUGCUGAUGCUCAACCUGCUCAUCGCCAUGAUGGGCGACACACACUGGCGGGUGGCCCACGAGCAGGACGAGCUCUGGCGAGCCCAGGUUGUAGCCACCACGGUGAUGCUGGAGAGAAAGAUGCCUCGAGCCCUGUGGCCUCGCUCUGGCAUCUGUGGGUACAAGUACGGGCUGGGGGACCGCUGGUUCCUGAGGGUUGAAACCAACCAAGAUCAGAAUGCGCUGCGAGUACGUCGCUAUGUGGAAGCUUUCAAGGGCUCAGACAAAGAGGAAGGACAAGAGUGUCUCUCUGAGAAACAGCCCUCUGUGGUGGAAAGUGGGACGCUAGCCAGGGCCUCCCUGGCCCUCCCCACCCCCUCCCUGUCCCGGACCACCUCUCGCAGCAGCAGCAGUCACCGAGGUUGGGAGAUCCUUCGUCGCAACACCCUGGGACACUUGGGACACUUGAAUCUCGGACUGGACCUUGGGGAGGGGGAUGGAGAAGAAAGCGUCUAUCACCUGUGAUUAGGACGCUGUUACUCUUGUCCUGACUCCAGGUAGGCCUGCGGAGGGGCGGAGGGGCGGAGACGGAGAGUACCUGGCUUUCAUGCCUGUUAAUCCUGGGUGGGAUGGACAGAAUAAUUCUGACAGACCAAGGCUUGCUCUUCACAUCAGCAUUUCCAGGGAUGAUCCAAGGGCCUUACGUAGCCUUCUGACUUCUUGGAAGUCCCACGUCUUAGGAAACGAAGGUAUCUUUUCGAGCUAAGUCAGACCUGGCCACUAAAGACCUGAGGUAGGGAUGCUACACCAAUGACUGGGUCAUCACCUUUCUGCCCCCUGAGGCACUAGAUUGCAAGCUGUGAAAGACUCCCUGGUUCUAUCAGGCUUCACGUGGGAAGAGCCAGGCUGGGCACUGAGGUUGCAACCUCUCACCUUUCCCUGAACCCCAUAGGAUUCUUACUCACCUAACCAACCAAAACCCAGCUAAAAAACUGCGAGAAGAAAGAUUCUUUAUCUUUCCUUUAUUUAAAAAAGAAAUGCAUCACGAUAUACAUUUGCCAUUUUAACUAUUUGUAAGUGUACCCUUCUGUGGCAUUAUUUAUAUUCAUAUUGUUGGGCAACAGUCACCAAUGUUCAUCUAUGGAAUUUUUUAAACCUAAACCCUUGUACCCAUUAGAUAUUCAUUCCCCAUCAUCCCAUCCCCACGGCCCCUGAUAAACCAACAUUCUACAUUCUAUGACUUUGACUGCUCGCGUUACGUCAUGAAUGGAGAAUCACACAGUGUGAGUCCCGUCGUGCCUGGCUCAUUUGACAUUGCAUAAUGUUUUCAAGAUUCAUCCAUGCUGUAGUGUGAGUCAAAAUUUAACUCCUUUUAAAGGUCAACUAGUAUUUCAUUCUAUGUAUGUACCACCACAUUGUGUUUAUCCAUCCAUCCACUGAUGGACGUUUGUGUUGUUACUGUUUUUGGCUAGUGUGAGUGAUAUUGCUAGGGCCAUUGGUAUACAAUUAUCUGUUCCAAUUCCUGCAUUCGAUGUCUUUGGGUUUGUAACCAGAAGUGAUUCCACAUUCCCAUUCGGCUGGGUCUUGUGGCAAGUCUCUGAUUAAUUUUUUGAGAAACUGCCAUACUGUUUUCCACAGCAGCUGGACUAUUUUACAUUUCCUCAGCAAUUACACAGGGCUCCCAUUUCCCCACAUCCUCACCAGCACUUGUCUCUUUCUGUUUUUGUGAUAAUCGCCAUCCUUAUGAAGUGGUAUCCCAUUGUGACUUUGAUUUGCAUUUCCCCAGUGACGAACAACUUUGAGCAUCUUUUCACGUGCUUUUGGCCAUUUGUAUAUCUUUUUCUUGGAGAAAUGUCUUUUCGAGUCCUUUGCCCACUUUUGAAUUGUUUGGGGGGGGUUGUAAUGUUUGAGUUGUCUUAGCCUUGUUUUUUGAGACUGAGUCUAAAGUGUGUGUAUCUCAUUUGCAUCCUGGUGUGUUUUUAAAUAUAUGUGGUAAA